GCUUCUUCAGCAUGAGUGACUAAUCUAUCGAGCUUUCGCUUGCUGUUGGUGGAAUUGACACUGAAUUUUGGUUUCAGGCAUUUGAUAAUAUAGUCUGUUGGAUCUAUCUUUUACUCCGGCUUGCUAUGCAACCUGGAGAUGCCGUUGAGGAUUCCUCCGAUGGAGUCCUAAUGGCUGAUGAUUUCUCCCCAUCAGAGUAUAUACGAGAACGACUAAAAGGUGUACGAACCGGAGAUGAAACAAAUAAGCUGCAAAAGUUACGAACUGAAAUGAAUGCCAUAAACAAUGCUUCACAAGAAAUGCUCAAGCAGAAUGUGUUUCAAAAUUAUCAACAGUUUAUCGACGCAUCCAAGGAGAUCUCACAUCUUGAGCAGGAGAUCUACCAGCUGUCUUCUUUGUUGCUAGAUCAGAAACAGUUGAUUGAAAAUUUGAUGCAAAUGACUGGAGAUGACAAAUCGUCCGUACAGACUGCUUCAAGCCAUUCAGCAUCUGUUGCUUCCGUAACUCCUAUCCAGGUGCUCAUGCAAAAAAUGGAUGGCAUUGCUGUUAUUCUCAACAAUAUGCGAAGUACUGAUAAGGUACUGCUCUACGGCGAAAUGAUGUUUUUGGACCCAGAAACGAAAGAGGACAUACACCGUGCGAUGUUGGUGCUACUUUCUGAUAGGCUUGUGAUAGGAAAUAUCACUCCAUCUGGAAAAUAUAGCUUAGAUUCUUCAUUUUCGCUGAGCAAUCUGGCAGUAGUAAAUGUAAAGGAUCGUGAGAGUGGGCCUGCUGUUGCUGACCAACUGUUGAAGUUGUUAAUGUUUCCGGAACAGAGAUACUAUCGAUGUGAUAGCGCACGUGUGAAGAAAAUGUGGCUUGACGAAUUUGAAAGAGCUAAGCGAGAGCUAUUACAUGAGGGUAUCUUGGCGCGUCAAAACACUAUUCGCGGAAAGAGAAUGACCGUUCAGGAAAAGGCUCAAAAAACACCGCAAACUCCAGCAACUUCAAAAACAAUUCAGGAAAACGACGAAGGAGAAGUCAACCAAGAAGAAAUGGCGUGGUUGCAAGAACUACCCGCUGAACUGGACGACUGCAUUGCUCAUAGAGAUCUUGAUCAGGCUGUGGAGCUCAUCCAUGAAUGGAGGCAAUGUCCUACGAAAGAUUCUAAUAUUGACGCGCAACUGAAAAUCCGCGAAAACCAGAUAGUACAACUCUUAAGCGAUGAUGUGCGCCGACCUGGAGCUAUACAUGGAGGGCCACGUGCCAUGAAGAAGGCGCGAACAUUGCUCACCCAGUUGGGAAGAGGGACCUAUGCAAUGGAUCUGUAUCUGCGAAGAAGGAGUGCGCUCCAACGCGCUGCUGUCAAGGAUAUUGCAGUCUCCGAAGAACCACUGUCGUAUGUCCGGCAGUUAUGUACCUUGUUCUCGGGUGCAGUCACAGAUGUGGCCAGCGAAUUUCAUUCCCAGCCUCAGUAUUACUGCCAGGUGCUGCAAUGGUGUUCUGGUGAGCUCAGCAUGCUCUUAUCUCUUGUUCGUCGUCACGUUAUAGAGGUUGCUCCUGCAAUGACCGUGCUGGCGUUCACCUGGGGUAUUCUUAUGAAAACUAUGGAUGAGUUGACAGCAAUGGGAGUGCAGUUAACGUUUGAGGUUCAUCGUCUCCUUGCUCCUGCUUUGGAAGCUGCUAUCGAAACAAACUUCAGCAAUAUCAUGCAAGGCAUCAAAUUGCGCAUGACGGAAGAACGCUGGCGCCCUUACGUAUUAGAAUCGGAGUCGGCUUUGACAAGGCUAGUAGAAGAACUCUCAGAUGUUGGUCUCAACAUCGACUGGACAGUGGCCAGUGAUAGUCGCGCUGCUGUGCUACUGUCUCCACAUGCCAUACAUUUUGCCCGCGUCGCGCAUUCGCUUGCCAGGGACUUAGCGCCGCUUAGGAGAUCUCCGGCACGAGCAGAGUGCGAUCAAUGUACGUUCGAACUCUGGAACGAUUAUCUACGACAUUUAUCCUCCUCAAUCUGCGAUAGUACUGUUUACGCCUAUACAGCCACUUUUAUACUUACUCAGGUGCUCCCGCUUUGUGAAACAACUCUAUACUGGGAACGGUCAGGAGUCACGGUCGGCACAGGAUCCGCAUUCAGCAUUACAGCUCAGUACCUCGGCCCGAUUCUCGGCAAUGAGAACAACUUUAGACAUAUUUGA